CGAGGAACUCCGCGAUGUAUUGUGUACAAACAAACAAUCCAGGAAAUCAAAAUGAGUCUAAAAACAGUAAUAUUCCUCUGCGUAAUAGUCGUAGGAGUUCUUUGCGAUCCGAUUCAAAAUAAAUGCGAAGAUAAGAAUUCUGAAUUUCUCAAAUGCGGAUCGAAGUGUGUGUCAACCUGUCAAUCGCGACAAUACGCCAACUGCGAUCCGGAAUGCAUUCCGGGGUGCUAUUGUAAAGACGGAUACAUCAAAAGCAGCCAAUCUGGACAUUGUGUUCUAGUCAAAAUGACCAAGGGUACCUCGAGUUUUGGUAAACGUCGCAACAAGACACACACGCUGUGCAGAAGAUGCGGUAGGUCUUCGUACCACAUCCAGAAGUCGCAGUGCGCCCAAUGCGGUUACCCCGCAGCAAAAUUGCGCUCGUACAACUGGUCCGUUAAGGCCAAAAGGAGGAAGACCACCGGUACUGGCCGUCUCCGUCACCUCAAGAUCGUCCGCAGGCGUUUCCGUAAUGGAUUCAGAGAAGGCGGCAAGCCCGUCAAGAAGGCCACGUAA